UUUUGAAGUUCAUUGACUAAACCAAAGAAGAAACGUUAUCAACAAACAAAGUUUAGUAAGGAUAUUAUACUUUUAUGAAGUUCUCUCGGAACUUUAUGUAGUCAAAAUUAUCAGUAUCUCCUAACAUAUUCAAUAGUACUCUCGGCGCAUUCAACAUGGCUGGGCGAAGUGAUGAUCAGAGAGAUUAUGGGCGAAGAAAACCUCUACCGACGGAACCACCUUAUAAGGCAUAUGUUGGUAAUUUGCCUCAAGGAACCGUUCAAGGAGAUGUCAACCACAUAUUUGGUGAAUUAGACGUAAAAUCAGUACAGUUAAUUAAGGACAGAGAUACUGAUGAAUUCAAAGGAUUUGGCUAUGUCGAGUUUGGGGAUCUCGAAAGCUUGAGACGUGCUUUAGAUCUAGACGGCAGAGUACGUGUAAACGAUUGUAUGCUCAGGAUUGAUGUAGCGGAAGCUAAAAGGAGUGAACGAGGUGGAGGAUUUGACAGAGGAAGAGGAGGCGGUGGUGGCGGCGGUCGAGGUGGCUUUCGAGGAGGGAGGCCAAGUGAUCGUGACAGAUUCAAUGACUUUGGAGGUGGUGGCGGCGGUGGCGGAGGCAGAGACUGGAACAGGGGUCCACCUGGUGGCAGAAGUGGACCACCACCACCCCCUCCAAGUGGAAGUUUCGGUGGUAGACCACGGCAAGAGGAGAGAAGAGGACCACCACCUGUGGAAGAGAUACGACCCAAUCCAGAAGACGCUGCUCGUCGACCAAAGUUAAUGCUGAAGCCAAGAACUGUAAAAGAUCCGCCCAAUCAAUUAGCAGAGACUAGUCAGGCAUCAAAAAUAUUUGGUGGUGCGAAACCACGAGAAGAAAAAAUUCUUAAGUAAUAAAAGUUAAUGUAAAUUAAGUCAAAUGCAUCUCUAAAUGUAAAUGGCUGAGCUGUAUGCAGCAGUUUUGAAUAUAUUGAAUGCUCCUUGCAUCCAGCAAAAAGGACAUUUUUUUCUCUGAAAUACAAGGUGAGCCUCAUUGAUAAUGAAAAAGUGAAGUACAAGGGCCUCUUUCAGAGAUGCAAAGCAUAAAAACAAAAAAAUGAUGCCAGUUUGCAACCCUGGACAAUAGUGAAGAAAUUUGUGAAAGAUGUUAAAUCAUCAGUUAACUUGUUCAUUGAGUACCAUACAUUGUUGCAGUUUAUAUUGCAUUGCAGAAGAAAGUGCAUGAUCAGCUUUCACAGCAGUGAACUUACAGGAUAGUUGUUAACAUUGGGUGACAUUUUAAUUACUCGUGUUCUUCAUAUUAUUGUACCGCAACUGUUUGGUAUGUUUUUGUAAGUGAAAAUAAUGUUUCUGGUAACAGCGAGAAGACUUUAUGGAAAUGUCCAUGCUGACUGUGUAAAGAACUGUGCAUAAUUUUGUGUAAAUAGUACAGUUUAUUUUAAAAAUGUAAUAUUCUUUUGAAAAUAUUUACGUGUUUGCACGUUGAGUGUGAAUGUGGAACUAACUUAAGUCCAGGAUUCAGAACAUGAAAUGGGUUACUUUUGCUUCAGUAGAAUAGGGAUGCAUAAUGGGUGUUUUACAAUAAAAGAAAAUUAUAUUUAAAAUAUUAAA